AUGGUAUUUGUAAAACCAGUUGAUGCCUCAGAUAUUGUGAAGAGUACCAGAAACUUAUUUAAACUGUUUGAUGAAGUAGUUACAUGGGUUGGUCCAAAAAACAUAGUUCACAUGGUUAUUGAUAAUACUUCCAAUUAUAUAUCUGCUGGUAAAUUGUUGUGUGAAAAGUAUAAAACUAUUAGUUGGUCUCAUUGUGCAACACAUUGCUUGAAUCUUGUGUUGCAGGAUAUGGGAGACAUGCCUCAUGUGGAGAGACUUAAAAAACGUGCAUCCAAAGUCACAGGUUUUAUUUAUAAUCAUGUGGCUUUGAUUGCUUGGUUGAGGAAGAGACAUGGUUGGACAGAUAUUGUACUUGUAGGAGCAACAAGAUUUGCUACUACUUUCCUUUCAUUUGGAAGUCUUCAUGUGCAUAAGCAUGACUUGCAAGCCUUAGUGACUAGCAAGUUCUUUGUGGACAAUAGAUUGACAAGAGAGUCAAAGGUAAAAGAAGUAGUUUCUAUCAUUUUAGAUAAUUCUUUUUGGGAUGAUAUUAAUGUUCUUGUUAAUAUUUCAUCGCCACUCAUUCGUUUGUUACGGAUUGUUGAUUCUGAUCAAAGGCCUGCAAUAGAAUAUGUGUAUGAGGGCAUGCAUAGAGCACGGUUAGGAAUCAAGAAGAUCUUCCGAAUGAAGAAGCACUUGUACAAGUCAUACACCUCAAUUAUAAAAAACCAUCAGGACAAAUAUUUACGUAAAGAUCUUCAUGCUGCUGCAUAUUGGUUAAAUCCUGCUUUUCAAUAUGAUGAGGUGAAUUUUUGUCAGAAACCAGCAGUACACAUGGCUGUUUUGGACUACAUUGGGACAAAAUAUAACGGUGACAAAGAAAAGGUAAUUAAGGAAACCCAAUAUUUUCGAGACCGUAUUGGGAGCUUUGAUAGAGAUCUUGCAUUGUCAACAAGCACAACCACUCAUCCAGAAUCUGUAGAUGAUAGCAGUGAGGUUGAAGGAAUUGAUUUGAGAAUAUUUGGACAACCUGUUGGCCCUCCUCCUGGAUUUCUAGGGAAUGAUGAUGAGCAUGAUAACUAUCAUGACAUUAGUGAUUUAUGA